UCAUCACGUCGCUGCGCACACCGUCCCGUCAUCCAAUAGUAGCGACGUGAUGGCGGCGACAGAGAGCGCGGAUGCCGGGGAAGCAGAGGCCUUGCUGGAGGGUCGGGAACACCUCAGAGACGCGGUGACAGCGAUGGACGGUGACAUCCAGGGCAGCGGUGAUGGUUGGAGCGUCAGGGACACCUCGGGGACGCGGCGACAACAAUGGACGGCGACAUCACGGGUGGCGGUGACGGUCGGAGCGUCAGUGACACCUCGGGGACGUGGCAACAGCAAUGGACGGCGACAUCGCGGGCAGCGGUGACGGGGACAGCUAUUUGCCAAGAUGGGGACUUAGAUUUUCGCCUGAUUUUUGGUGAAGAAGAUUCCGAUUCGCCAUCGCCCAGGAGUACUCUGCACACAGCUGAUCUGGAAUCAGAUGAUCCUUCAGUAUGCAAUGAUGUGAGCCCAAACACCCUGACCCUUAAUCCACCUAAUACCUGUGUUUCUGGAGGAGCAGGUAGUGGAAUGGGAUGUGUUAGUAGGGCAGGCAUGCACUCACCACCCCCAAGACGAUCCUCAGAUCAUGAAAUCAAUGGAACAUUCCUCAGCCAGCCUUCUCGGUUCAUUCCACUUGGGGGAUCACGCUUUCUUGAGUGUCCUAGUAUACGUAUAACAAGUGAUUCACCCUCAAAUAGUGAUGUAGAACAGGAAGAGCAAACUAGGGGAGAUAUUUGGGAUGACAGACCACAUCGUGAUCAACUCUUCUUGCCCCCAGAUCCUUUUGGGUAUCGAGACUCUUUCCUUAGCCCAAGCCCAGCAAGUAGCCAUUCUUCAUGGAGCAUCCUUUCUUCUGAAGCAUCCUCUUGUGAUUCUCUAGGACAAAUGUGUGAAGAGGUGGAGAGAGAGCUUAAUGAAGCUGCAUCUCGAUUCACACUAGCUUCCCCCCUUGGAUCCCCAAGAGGUUCACCAAAACCCUGGAGUGUCCAUAAUGAUGAAUUCUGGCCAAGUGGUCCUUCUGGUCCUUCAGCUUCAUCUCGAGAAGAACUACUAUCACCAUAUCCUCAAGGCCAAAUUUCAAGGCCUAACUCACCAUGUGGCAAAAGGAGGUACUCAAAUUCUAAUGAAGAUGGUAUCCACCAUACCAGCUCACCUUCCCCUUCUCCUUCACGCAGAGGAAGCCUAGGAGAUGAAAAUCUGUCUUCUGAAGCUGAGGCUUCCCCUAAGCCUUCUGAGCACAACCAACAAACAAUAGUAACCUCACAAGAAAGAGGAGAUAACAUUCCACAAAAAGCCAGAAGAACGUCAGCAGAACAAACAGUCGCCCCUGUUAGACCUGAGGAAUCUUCAAGUCCUGCAAAGAGUUUUUCCUCUGGAGCAUCUGUAUGUGUAAGUGACGAGAACAAUGUGAUGUUCCCUCAAACCAGGAAAGAAAAUGUAGGGAUGGAUUAUUUGGCUGUGCCUUCAGCAUUGGCUUGGUCUAAAGCAAGAGUUGGAGGACAGAGUCCAAUUUUUAGGUCAUCGUCUUUACCACCUUUGGACUGGCCACUUCCCUGCCAGUACGAGGGUUUAGAAUUGAGAAUAGAGGUACAACCCAGGACCCAUCAUCGAGCUCAUUAUGAGACAGAAGGGAGCCGAGGUGCAGUGAAGGCUUCACCCGGUGGACAUCCUGUAGUCAAGCUUUUAGGCUACAAUGAAAAGCCACUUAACCUUCAGAUGUUCAUUGGCACUGCAGAUGAGCGCAACCUGAGACCUCAUGCCUUCUACCAAGUUCAUAGGAUCACAGGAAAAAUGGUAGCAACACCCAGUUAUGAAGCUCUUGUGGGAAGCACCAAAGUUCUGGAAAUGUCUCUUCUGCCUGAAAACAACAUGUGUGCCAAUAUAGACUGCGCUGGAAUCUUGAAACUCCGGAAUUCAGACAUUGAGCUAAGGAAGGGUGAAACAGAUAUUGGCCGCAAAAACACCCGUGUCCGUCUUGUGUUUAGAGUACAUAUUCCACAAGGAGGAGGAAAAGGCAUCUCUCUACAAGUGGCCUCUAUACCUAUAGAGUGCUCUCAACGUUCUGCUCAAGAACUCCCUCAAGUGGAGAACUAUAGCCUUAGUGCAUGCUCAGUCAAUGGCCGGGAGGAAUUGUUACUAUAUGGCUCCAACUUCCUCUCUGACUCAAAAGUCGUCUUCAUAGAGAAGGGACCAGAUGGAAAACUUCAAUGGGAAGAGGAAGCAAAAGUAAACAGACUAAAGAGCAAUGAGUCUUUGCUGUCUGUGCAAGUACCAGAAUAUUGUAAUAAGGAGAUCACAAGACCCCUGCAAGUCUAUUUCUAUAUUUCCAAUGGACGUAGGAAGAGAAGUCCUAUGCAGAGCUUUCGCUACCUACCAAUCAUAUUUAAAGAGGAGCCUCUUCCUGAAAUGACAUUACAUAGAUUUCCUUCUGCUCCACUUCUUCCUCCAUCUCACAUAACUUUAGACCCUGGCCACAUGGAGCUAUCCACGUCAUUUGUGGCCCCUGUAACAUCAAAUUUGUCUGAAGCACCUAUGGAGGUGUCUCCUUAUUACAUUUCAUCACACGAGGAAAGAAUGUUCUCAGGAGCUUCUGACUGUAGUGCAAACAGUAGUUCCUUUAUGGGUUGCUACUUUAUUCCAACAGUGCUUCCUGACCUGAAAUGUCCCCCAUCCUACCCGGAGAACAGUGGUGACAUGUCUUUAAGUCUGCCAUUUCAAACAAAUAAUUCAGCACUGCCACCUAGUCCAGUUCCCUGGUCCCCACAGCCAUGUUCAUCCCAGCCCACAUGCUCAACUACGUUUGGUGGAUCCUUGCUUUCCCAUUUAAACACAAACAGCAAACUGGAGGAGAGGGGAGCAGGUUCUCACCCAAACUACCAAUCUUCUCCUAUGUUGCCAAGUUUAGAAUUUGAUAGUCCUACUCCACAUUUUGUUCCAGGUUAUCAGCCAUAUCCAGCUUGUGCUCCACCAACUUACACUACUUUAGGUGAAAUUGAUAGCAUAGAUACAGUGCACUCUAAACAGUCUUCAACAUCUCCAGAAAUAAGCAGAACAGAGCAAUGUGCUGGGAAUCAACCAUUUACUCCAAGCACAAUCUCAAAUCACACUACAAAUCCCGCACACACCUUAAGAUCAAAACUAGAUAAUGUGGGGUCAGCAAGUCAUACAGGGUUUUCCACUCCUAGUUCAAAUGUAUCUCUAUCCUGUAAAGAUGAUGGUGUGUCCCAAACAUUUUCUACAAACUACCAAAACUUGUCCUCCUGCAGUACAUCCCAACUCACCACUUUGUGUCCAUCAACACAUUCUGCUCCCUUCUCCGCUCCUCCUUCCCCAAUCAUCUCUAGUGCUCCAGAUCCUGGUCAAGAGGUUACCCCCGAUACUGCAGCCGGUAUUCCCUCAAAUCUAAAUGAAAAAGAUGCCUGUUAUCAAGAACAUGUUGAAGCAUAUAACAAGUCUACCAGCAAUGAAGGCGGAGAUGUGAGAAAAGAACAUAGCCAAGUUUUUGAAAACCCUUUCCAUCCAAUACCAAUCCAGGGGAUCACACUGGAAGAAGUAAGUGAAUUUAUAGGUCAAGACCUGCACAGUUUUCCAGAAAGGCAUCAGAAUUAAACCAUGGCAUCAAAUCAAAAAUAACCAUUUCAUGGGGAAAAAAACACAUUCUCGCAGACAACUGUCAAUAACCAUGGACCAGCAGAAGAGCUAUGACCUUUUGGAUAUAUUCUUACUGAACUGACUUCUGAAACAAAUUAUAUAUAUUUUACAGUAGUUUGUCUCAGACUACCAGCAAAGGACUACAAAAGGGAUACUAUUUCUUCAUCUAUUUUCUCCAGGUCAUAUAAAUGACACACAGACAAGGUCAUGAAAAUCCGAGGUGCAAACCAGGGAAAACCACUCUGACUCUUUCAUGAUUUGGCCCCACCAAGGAACGAUCACGACAAGUUAAAGGGGUAUUCCGGCUUUAUACAUCUUAUCCCCUAUCCCAAAGGAUAGGGGAUAAGAUAUAUGAUUGUAGGGGUCCUGCUACUGCGAUCUCGGUGCAGC